GUGUUCGGCCUCGCGAUGACGUCAUUUUCGAUCUUAUUUGUAAAACAUCAUUCUGCGUCUGCUUUAUUUGAUGAGUAUGAUAAGUUUCUUCUCUUUCAGGCUUUAUAUUCUCCGAAUAGGUGCGAGAUGCAACAGCUGCGCGGCAAAUAUCCAAGGCUUUCUUAAGCGUCAAAUCCUCCUCUCUGAGCAAACGUUCCCGAAUGGCGGCACUCGUCACGCCACACACCAGUCUAUCUUUAAUUAAUUCCUCUUGCAAAUCUCGAAACUCACAAUUUUGAGCUAGUUUACUUAACUCGAACACAUACUGCUCAAUUGACUCGUUAUCACGUUGAUCUCGAAUAAAAAACUUGUGACGUUCGACCGUCAAAUUUUUCUUUGUUUGAAACUGUUCAUCUAACUUUUUCCAUAUAUAUUCGACAGUCGUACAUUUCUCAGGCCAUCGAUCUAACACUUCUCGACACUGUUCACCCACAACAUGCAAUAAUAUGUUCGCUUGAAUCUCCACAGACUUAUUACUUAUUUCACACGCUUUGUUGUAUAUUUCAUAACUUCUCUUCCACUUAAUCCAUUUUUCAUGUAUACUCCCAGCAUCAGAAGCAUUCUUAUCAAAAUAAAACGCGGACGGCGGUGUCAGGACACUUUCCAUUAUACAAGUACUUUUCACAAAUUAUUAAUAUACAUAAUAAUAAUUUAAUUUUCCGGCUGCGCCAUGUAAGGUCGUGCACAAUGAAACCAGCGUUAAGCUUGUACUAACUUUAUUUCAACUGUCAUUUUACAUCACAUAUUUAUUUUAUCAAAUACCCUCACAAAUGACAGCUCAGCGAGUCGCGAUGCUGAAGUGGUAAAGGGUAGAGACGAGAAAAGCGCAGUGUUGCUCGACCCCCACUAAUCGAUCGAGGAUAACAAGCGAGUUGCAGAGCGCCGCUCGAUGUUGGAGUCUAGAGACUAUUGUGCUUGAAAGUCCAUGCUAGAGGCUUAUGUCUAGCAAUAGUGAUCCAUCGACUGAUGAUGAUGAUGAUGAUGAUAAAUGAUUUGUUUAAAUAACUUUCGUAGUUUACUAUACAAUGUGACUAAAGUUUUCUCCGCCUCAGUUUCGACGCGCUAGUGAUAUAUUUAAUGGUAUAAAAUUUUUGAUAAUGAGGAUGAGUACGAGUAGGUACUUAAAUAGUACUUGUAGUAGUUACCGGUACGGAAUACUUAUGAUAAUAUAUAUAAUAUAUUAAUAAAUUAAAAUACUUUUAAUAGUGCAAAGUACCCGCUACCGCAAAAUGACAGGACGAGGAAAUAAAUAAAUUGCCAAAUGACUUUUCUCAUAACUCGGGAAUUCGUUAUUAUUUUUAUCCUAUCUGCCAUAACGUUCGAGAAUAUCUUCGUCGAACACAUGCCUAUACUUUUUCGUUAAUAGUAUUUAUAUUUCCUAAAGGUAUAGCCAGGCCACAGAAAUUAUGCAUAAUAGUACAAGUAGCCGAAUCAACUCGGAUCGCACGCGCGUUGUUCUUUUUAAAACUUGAUUGGUUUUAUUUAAAUAAUAAUUAAAUCAGAGGUUCUGAGGAAAUAAAUAAAAAAUAUAUGAUUUAUGACAUCCUUUUUUGUGGCGUAGAUGUUAGCGUAUUAUUUAAGUACGAACCAUCAAAAAUCGAAAUGACCAAAGUUGUGUGACUGAAGUAAGAAAAAAAAAUAUUCAACGGAACAUACAACCUCAUCCUUUUUGAAAGUCGGUUAAAAAAGGAAGAAGUCUAUUGUGUAGUCGACUUUAUUUUCAAAGUUGAAGGUGAAUUAAAAUGACGGUAAACGUAAUUAAUAGUGCGGGGGGCGAUGCUUACUUGGGUUUCGAAAAAUUCGGCAGAUUUCAUUACAUACAAUGCUUGUUGGUAUGCUUGCCACUGAUGAUGGUAUCCAUGAUACAUGUGAAUUACAUCUUUGUCGCUGAAGACGUCAAUCACAGAUGUCUGCUCCCUGAAUGCGAAGAUGCUAAUCCAAGCGUGGAGGUACCAGUUUGGUGGCCCAAAGACGUGGACGCCAGAUGCUUCAAACCGGUCGUUGAUAUGCAAGCGUAUGAUAGCUCAAAUCAGACGUGUUCAAAUAACACGUUUGUUGAGAUACUGGAGGAAUGUCAUCAAUGGAUUUACGAUAAUGAGAAUUCUAUCGUAUCUGAGCUCAAUUUGGGUUGCAAGUCGUGGAAAUCGACUCUGGUUGGAGGGAUACACAACGCCGGGACCAAAGCUUCUCUAAAAAAAAAUAAUUUUUAUCUUUUCAGAGUUGGACGAAAACCUACCAUCAUCAUAUGCUCUAUUGGUGGAGUUGUUGGAGUAGCGAAAAUAUUUAUUAAAAAUUACUACGCAUACCUGGGCGUAGAAUUUUUAGAGUCGGUUUUAGCAUCGGGAUUAUAUACCGUUGCAGUGGUUUUAUUAAUAGAAGUCGGCGGUGAAUCUCAACGCGUAUUGGCCGGUUUUAUAUUUUCAUACGCUAUCUAUGUAGGCGAAGUAAUAUUUGCAUUUAUAGCGUUGACCCUAAAAUACUGGAAAACGUUAAUUUUAGUAGUGUACACCCCGAUGGUUCUAUUCUUGGCCUACAUUUUUGUUUUAAAAGAGAGUACAAGAUGGCAGCUGCUCAGAGGUAAAACAGAAGAAGCAAAAGAUACGUUAAAGUUAAUCGCAAAGCUAAACAAACUCAAUCUUACAUCGGAAGAGAUUACUCAAAUAAGCGACGAAGAUCUGCGAUUCAAAUUCAACAUAGUAAUACAAAAGGAGAGAGAGAGUUUCAAAGAUAUUCUGGUUUCUAGAGAGAUUAUGCUACGAUUGAUAAUUACAUCGUUCUGUUUCUUCACGUCCAGUUUCGUGUACUAUGGUUUAGCUGUCCAUGCGGUAUUGUUACCAGGGAAUAAGUACAUGAACUUUGUUCUAUCAUCCGUCGCUUCCUUCCCGGGUGAUUUGAUCGCGUUGUACGUAUUCAAGAAAUACGGAAGGAAGAUAUCGUUGCAAUGUGGCUACGUCAUUUCUGCAAUAUUUCUCAUCGCCCAGACGUAUACUCCUGACUCAAUAUCCUGGUUGAAAAUUGUAUUAUUUUUGUGCGGGAAACUCAGUGUGGUUGUCUGCUUCACUGGUGUGUACACCUACAGCUUGGAGCUGUUCCCUACGAGUGUUCGCGGCACGCUGUUUGGAUGUGGCAACACCGCUGCUAGAGUUGGGAGCAUGCUCGCACCACUCACUCCUUUGUUGGUCAAACAACUUAACUCAUUGCCAUCAAUUUUGUUUUCGUCGACGGCGAUAUUAGCCGCUUUUCUUCUAACGCUUACACCUGAAACCAAGAUGCUACCAAUGUUUGACACGAUAGAACAAGUAGAAAACUAUAAGUCUAAAGUUAUGACGCAUUUAUAAAUUUUUAAUGGAAUUAGUCACCCUGGAAUGCCCCUCCAGCUUCUAAUUCCUACAAAUUGCAACAGGGAUUGCGAACCUAUUUGAUUUUUCUAUUAUAAAAAGAGAGUAUUAGCCCUGUAGUUGGCUGCUAAAAUAGGCUGAGAUGAUUGUAAAAUUGUAAAUAUCUGGAAUUAAACAAUUUAAAUUAUA